UUGCUUAUAAGGAUUGAUGAAGAAGAAUAUGACGAAGAAGAGGAAGAAGAUGAAGAAGAAGAAGUUGAAGAAGAAGAAGCUGAAAGUUUAAGUGAACACGAUUAUGAAAAAAGCAGAGUUAACUCGGUGCCUAAGGAAAAAGAAACCGAUGGUGAAUUACUAAAUGAGGAGACGAGGAUCGAUGAAAAUGUACCAAAUAUUAUUCAUUUCAGGCAUCGUCCUACAGUGCAGCUAAUUGAAAAAGAUAAAAAUGAGGCACUAACAGAAGCAGAAAAGGCAAUGCUGGCGUCUAAAAAGCGACAAGAAGAAGAGGCAGCUGCUGCGCUACAGGAUUAUGAGGAACAUCGAAAAGUCGAGCGAGAAAAAGUAGAACAGGAGCUAAAAAAUCUGAAGGCGAAACAGGAGCGCCGCAGGCAAGAACGGGAGGAAGAAGAGCGAGAAUUCGCUGAGCGACAACGGUUAGAAGAAGAGCGCCAUCGUCAAGAAGAGGAAGAAAGGAAAGCCAAAAUUGAAGCUGAUAAGCGAAGAAAAGAGGAGGAAAAGAAGAAACGGCAAAUGCUCGUUGGAUCAUUUGUGGGCGUCGCACAAACUGGUGGACGCAGUUUCGUUCUUCCGAGGAAAAUUGGCGAUAAUGCGACUAAUAAAUUUGGCAAUAUUGUACAAGCGAAACAAGAAAUGGGAAUGACAAAAGAGCAACAAGAGGAAGUGAAAAGAUCGCAUUUGGAGUCGAUAAAAAAAACUUUGGAUUUUGCUGGUCUUUCGUUAAAUGACCUUAAAGAGAAAAUAAAGCAACUUCAUCAACGAAUAUGUCGACUUGAAGCUGAUAAAUAUGAUCUUAUGAAAAGGCAUGAACGACAAGAAUACGACCUUCGAGAAUUGAAUGAGCGCCAACGGCAAGUUGCUCGUAGCAAAGCGGCGAAGAAAGGCCUCGAUCCGGAUUCAGUAAAUUCCCGCUAUCCUCCCAAAGUAGCUGUUAUUAGCAAAUUUGAACGACAAAUUGAUCGGCGAACGUUCAGUGAACGCCGAGCAGUUUAUGACCAAAAGAACGCGUAUCCGUGCUUUCCCAAUGUGCCUCCACCACCGACGAUAUAUGCUCGAGUUAUUCCUGCUAUCGGAAGUGAAAUAUUCAAAGAAGAUGAUGACGAAGCUGAAAACGAAGAAAAAAUUCUCGAAGCUGAAGAAUAA